AGCUGCCUAUGGAGCUCCGCCUUUCCAAGGUCAGCCCAAUGCACCUAAUGGUGCAAUUUGGAUGCCAGCACCCGCUCUGAUUCCAAACUGUCCUCCUGGAUUGGAAUAUUUAAGCCAGAUUGAUCAGAUAUUAAUUCAUCAGCAGAUUGAACUUCUGGAAGCCAUAACAGGCUUUGAAACAAACAACAAGUAUGAAAUUAAAAAUUCUUUGGGACAAAGGGUCUACUUUGCAGCUGAGGAAACUGACUUCUGUACGCGAAAUUGUUGUGGGCCCUCGCGACCAUUUACAAUUAGAAUCUUUGACAACUUGGGCCAGCCUGUUAUACAGCUUAUAAGACCUCUGAGAUGCUCCUGUUGCUGUUGUCCUUGCUGCUUGCAGGAGCUUGAAGUUCAUGCACCUCCAGGUACACCAGUUGGGUACAUUAAACAGCUUUGGGACCCCUGCUUGCCUAAAUUCAGCAUCCAGAAUGAAGCACGAGAAGACAUACUUAAAGUUGUUGGGCCCUGCAUCGUAUGCAGCUGCUUUGGGGAUAUUAAUUUUGAGGUGAAGACAAAAGAUGAGAAAUCUACAGUUGGAAGAAUUUCUAAGCAGUGGAGUGGCUUUGUGAGGGAGGCCUUUACAGAUGCUGACAACUUUGGAAUUCAGUUCCCACUGGAUCUUGAUAUUAAAAUCAAGGCAGUCAUGCUUGGGGCUUGCUUCCUCAUAGAUUUCAUGUUCUUUGAACAUGGGGCAGAUCGGCAACAGAGGACUGGAGUUUGGUAACAGGGUUGACAUCCGUAUUGUGAACCCUUCAAAGAAAUCUUCAAUGCUACUGUUGUUCUUGCAAAGUAUAAAGCCUGUGCAUUGAAGGAUAUUUUUGUAACUCAAGGUUUCGAAGCCACGUGUUGGAAUUAUUCCACUUUAUAAGGCUGCUGCUUUAAAUAUAGUGCACAUUGAAAUGUG